CACUUCGCGUCUUACUUGGCACCACUCCUUUCCGCUUUUUACUCCUCAAUCUCAUCACCAUCCCAUCUCCUCAAUUCCACUCCACCAGAAGAAGAGAGACCCAGACAGACAGCUCAAGCUCAAAGCUCCAAGCUCAACCUCCAUCGAUGGCGGCGACGGUCUCCACCAUGGCCAUGCUCAACGCCAAGUGCUUGGCCACCUGCUCCGCCUCGCAGCCCAAGCUCAACCCCACGAAGCCGUCCCUCAAGCCCACCUUCCUCAACCUCCCCGCGGGCCUCCUCUCCUCCGCCUCCGCCUCCUCCCCCAAGCCCGCCCAUACCCUGGCCGCCUCCGCCAUCGCCGGGGCCGUCUUCUCCGCGCUCAGCCACGCCGACUCGGCCCUCGCGGCCCAGCAGAUCGCCGAGCUGGCCGAGGGCGACAACCGCGGGCUCGCGCUGCUGCUGCCCAUCAUCCCGGCCAUCGCCUGGGUCCUCUUCAACAUCCUCCAACCGGCGCUGAACCAGAUCAACCGGAUGAGGAGCUCCAAGGGGGUGAUCGUCGGGCUGGGGCUGGGCGGGCUCGUCGGAUACGGGUUCGGGGCCCAGGAUGCGGCGGCGGCCGAGCUGGCGGCGAUCGCCGAGGCCUCGGGGAGCGACAACAGAGGGCAGCUCUUGCUUUUUGUAGUGGCGCCGGCCAUCUUGUGGGUGCUCUACAAUAUAUUGCAGCCGGCUUUGAACCAGAUCAACAGGAUGAGAUCUCGGUGAAAGAUGAAAUGCAGCUAGAAAGGAACUGGGUUUUUGUGGAAGUGUAGCUGCACUCAUAUAUAACAUGUACCUGCACUUUCUGUUAAUGGAAUUUUCUUGUCCCAUAUUUUUUUUUUUUCAAAAAUCUUGUUCAUGGUCCAUGUGCUGGAAGAUGUAAAAAAAAUAUGGCCAUUAACACUACUAUGUACAACGGUUUCUCCCCUAGGAGUCUCUUUUCAUCCUCA